AUGGAUCGAGUCUUAAAAGCUGCGCGCGCUUCCGGUUCUCUUAACCUCUCCAAUCGAUCUCUCAGAGAAGUGCCUGAUGAGGUUUACAAAAGUCUGGAUGCGGUUGGUGGGGAUGAGAAGUGGUGGGAGGCUGUGGAGCUGCAGAAGCUGAUUCUUGCUCAUAAUGAAAUUGAAUCACUCAAGGAAGAUUUGAAAAACUUGUCUUUGCUAGGCGUUCUGAAUGUUAGUCACAAUAAACUUUCACACCUCCCAGCAGCUAUUGGAGAGCUGCACAUGCUUAAAUCAUUAGAUGUGUCAUCUAAUUUGCUAAAGGAAAUUCCCGACGAAAUUGGAACGGCAGCUUCUCUUGUGAAGUUUGAUUGUUCGAAUAAUCAACUUAGCUCUCUCCCUAUUUCCCUUGGCCAUUGCAUAAAUCUGGCCGAGCUAAAGGCAUCCAACAAUAACAUUUCCAGCUUGCCGGAAGAGUUGGCCAAUUGUUCAAAAUUAGUGAAGUUGGAUAUAGAGGGAAACAAGCUAGAAAUUCUGUCUGAUACUCUGAUUUCAUCGUGCACUAUGCUCAUGGAACUCAAUGCAUCUAAAAACAUAUUAAGAAGUCUGCCAGAGAGCAUUGGAUUGCUUACACGUUUGAUUAGGCUUGACCUUCACCAAAACAGAAUUGCUUCGAUCCCACCAUCAAUAAAGGGAUGCUCAUCUCUCCUAGAGUUUUACAUAGGGAACAAUGCACUGUCUUCAUUACCCACAGAACUGGGAUCAUUGACCCAGCUAGGGACAUUUGAUCUGCAAUCAAACCAGUUGAAAGAAUAUCCCGUGGAGGCAUGCAAUUUGCGCCUUUCAGUUCUUGACCUGUCUAAUAACUCACUGUCGGGUUUACCUCCUGAGAUUGGCUUGAUGACAACACUGCGGAAACUUUUACUUACUGGCAACCCAUUGCGAACACUCCGGAGUUCCCUGGUAUAUGGACCUACCCCUGCUCUAUUGAAGCAUCUCCGAAGUAGACUUCCGACUGAUGAAGAGUCUGCAACAACCACAACUACUGUGAAAGAAGAUGCUGUUAGCAUGGCUGCUCGGUCUUCACUCUCUUCAAAGGAACUAUCUUUAGCUGGACUAAGCUUGAAUGCUGUCCCAUCCGAAGUAUGGAAGUCAAGUGGCAUCACAAAAAUCAAUCUCUCUGGAAAUUCCAUUGAGGAGUUACCCUGUGAGCUUAGAUCCUGUGUCUCACUUGAGACUUUAAUUUUAUCCAAGAACAAGAUUAAAGAUUGGCCUGCUGCAGUUUUGGCUUCCCUUCCCAAACUUGUAUGCUUGAAACUGGAUGGCAAUCCUCUCAGAAAGAUCCCAUCAGAUGGGUUUGAAGCUGCUUCCAAGCUCCAGAUUCUGGAUCUGAGUGGUGCGGCUGGUUCCUUACCUGAAAACCCAGCAUUUUCAAGCUUACCAGAGUUACAGGAACUUUACCUGAGACGCAUGCAAAUAUCAGUUUUCCCGUUGGAUAUAACGACAUUGCAACAGUUGAGAAUUCUGGACUUGAGCCAAAACCUCCUUCAAUCGAUUCCUGAGAUUAUUAAGAAUCUUACUUCUCUUACAGAGAUUAGUCUUUCAGACAACAAUAUUACAUCUCUUCCGCCAGAGCUGGGUUUGCUCGAACCCAACCUGCAGGUGCUAAAACUUGAAGGAAAUCCAAUUAGAAGCAUCCGAAGGCCAAUUAUGGAUCGAGGAACAAAAGCAAUCCUGAAAUAUUUGAAGGAGAGAAUUGUUGAUCCGUGA